CCCACAUCCUUUGUGUUUCAUUAUAUAUUAUUAUCAGUACCUGAAACUAAAUAGUCUGUGAGUAACAGAAGCCAUGAAUAUUCCUUUUCCUUUCUCUUUUCCUCCUGCCAUUUGUCUCCUUCUAAUUCCUGGAGUUUUUCCAGUAUCCUGCGAGGGAAUUAUAGGAGGAAAUGAAGUGGCCCCUCACACAAGACGCUACAUGGCUCUAAUCAAAGGGCUGAAACUUUGUGCAGGGGCUUUGAUCAAAGAAAACUGGGUGUUGACAGCUGCUCACUGUGACCUGAAGGGCAAUCCUCAAGUUAUUCUUGGGGCCCACUCUACAUCCCAUAAAGAGAAACUUGACCAAGUAUUUUCCAUUAAAAAGGCAAUUCCCUACCCAUGCUUUGAUCCACAGACAUUUGAAGGGGAUCUUCAACUACUUCAGCUGGAAGGUAAAGCAACUAUGACCAAAGCUGUAGGAAUACUUCAGCUACCAAGAACAGGAGACGAUGUCAAACCCCACACCAAGUGUCAUGUGGCAGGAUGGGGAAGCACCAAAAAAGAUGCAUGUCAAAUGUCUAAUGCCUUGAGAGAAGCCAACGUUACAGUGAUAGAUAGGAAAAUAUGCAAUGAUGCCCAGCACUAUAAUUUUAGCCCAGUUAUUGAUCUCGGUAUGAUCUGUGCUGGUGGUAGAAAAGGUGAAGAUGAUUCAUGUGAAGGGGAUUCUGGAAGUCCUCUGAUAUGCGAUAACGUUUUCAGAGGUGUCACCUCCUUUGGCAAGUGUGGUAACCCCCAGAAGCCUGGCAUCUACAUCCUCCUUACCAAAAAACACCUCAACUGGAUAAAGAAAACCAUUGCAGGAGCCAUAUAACAUUUCUACUUCAAAGUAGAAAAUCGAAGUAACCAAGUAAAAGGGUUUUAAACUUGACCUAUCCGAAGAAGCAUCUUGCAACCCUCUGAACUUCAUAUACAAAAUGCCACCUGUCUAAAAUAAAUUCAGCAAUGAAAGAAAUUACCUCCUGCUAUCACUCUUCCCCGAUUAGCAAAGACUGAUUCAUCACAUGUUCUCUAUCCAUGGUGAGAGAUGUCCCUUGAGAAAAAGUUCUCCAAUUCUGUGACUUUUUGUUUUAUUCAGAAUUUGGACUGUCACUUUUGUGUUCAUUCUUAAAAGGAAGUCAAUCUUGAGAAAGUUAGAAUAUUCUCCUUUCUUCCAAAUGAAGCUCCAAAAUAUUUCUGUUCUUAGAAAUUCAGAGCCUGAUAUUGUAUUCAACGUGAGAGUAAAGAUAGAGAUAAAGAGGGGUCAUUCACUUCUUACUAUAUGCUUCUAUAUUGCUUAACUUCUUACAAAAAUUCUAAUUAUGAAUACAGUGGGAAAGACUCAGUGUGUGUUUUAGAUAGUGGGAAAAUUUAGAAUUUGAGGUUAGAGAUAAUUGAGGGAAACUGCAUCAUUUAUUAAUUACAAGUAGACUAAAAUUACAUAGACGAGUAGGCUGCAGUCCCCCCAGUACUUUGGUAUGUAUUUUGCUUUAGCUAGACAAUUUAUAUAUGCAAGCACUAAGCUUAGUUCUAUGUUAUUCUUGAUAGACUGUGAUAUAUAAUAAAUAAAGAUGGCUUUUUUAUUACCUAC